UUAAAGCGUAUGAUAGAUUUGAAAAAAAUGUUAAACCAUAAAAUAUAUGGCGUAAUUUUUCCUUUUGAAAAUGUUAGAGGAGAGAUCAAAAGGAAGGCAGGACAAUGAGUCAGACAGAGAAGCAUAGAAACUGGGAAUCGAUUGGUACGGCAACAACAGUGGGAUCGAGUUACAGGGUCUAUGUGGGCAACUUGGAUUCUCUAGUUUCUGAACGAGAUCUUGAAGAUGAGUUUCGCGUUUUUGGAGUUAUAAGGAGUGUGUGGGUUGCUCGAAGGCCACCUGGCUAUGCUUUUUUGGAUUUCUCAUUCACUCUAGGUAAGAAUGGAUGGAGGGUUGAGCUUUCCCACAACUCUAAAGGAGGUGGAGGCGGACGUGGAGUUGGUCGUGGUCGCUCUGGUGGUUCUGAUUUGAAAUGUUAUGAAUGUGGUGAGCCUGGUCACUUUGCCCGUGAAUGCCGUUCGCGUGGCGGUGGAAGACAUCGUAGCCAUAGUCCUAGGUACCGCAGAAGUCCUAGCUAUGGUCGAAACAGGAGUUACAGUCCUCGUGGUCGAUCCCCAAAGCGUCGCAGCCCAACUCCCCGCCGUCGCAGCUACAGCAGAUCACCUGCAAGACGCGAGGAAGUGCCAUAUGCUAAUGCCGAUGGACUGAAGGACCGCCGUAGAAGCAGGAGUUAAACAGCCAAACUUGGUAACAUUGGUGAUGUUGAGGCAAAGUAUGUAGUAUAUGGAGACUUCUGUGCGAACUAUCGUGUUGUCGUGGGACGCCACAGCUUCUCUUUUGGAUUUGGUUAAGUUUUCGUCUUGUACUUCGUU